AUGGCUAUUGGCCUCAUCAAGGAGACUUCGGCGAACGGGGAUUUCAAAUUCAUUUCGGAUUCCGGUCUUUAUGGGCCCACGCUGGAGGUUGCUCAUGCAUAUUACGGACAGUGGCCAACUGGUCUGGAUGCGACGAACGUUUACAAUGGCUCAAACAAUGUCAUUCAGGUCGGUGAGCAUAAAUCUAUUACCGAAGAGGCCGCGUAUCCGAGUCUUGAGAUGAAUCAACCACCAGGCGGGGCUAUUAAUUACACUACUACGCCGCCGACUUCCGCCAACCAUCAGGAUUAUUUUAUAAGCGUACAGUCUGUCGUAGUCGAUGCUUUGGAUCGCCUAUGGAUUCUUGAUACUGGCCGCGUUAUAGGGCCCAAUGGCGCGGUUCUCCCUGCUGCAUAUGGAGGCCCUAAGUUAGUUGGGGUUGACUUGACGAUUAACAAAGUGUUUAAGGCCAUCGUAUUCCCUCCCGAGGUAGCAUACGCGGAUAGCUACCUCAAUGACGUGCGGUUUGACCUUCGCGCUAGCGUAACUGAGUCAGGUCAAGGCAUUGGAUACAUCACUGACAGCAGUUUUUCCGGCCGGAACGCCAUUAUCGUGGUCGACCUUGGGACAGGAGAGAGCUGGCGGCAUAUAGGCUUGACAGAGUCUGUACGCGGGGAAUCACAGUUCCUCUCGUUCAUAUGGGGUCAACCGAUGUAUUACACAUCAAGCCACAAUAGUCCCCUAACCACGAACCCUGUAGGCUCUGAUGGUAUUGCUCUCUCUGUAGAUGGAGAAACUCUGUACUUUGGUCCGUUCGCAUCACGGUAUAUGUAUAGUGUGCCAACUGCGCGGCUUCGAGCGAGGGGCUCGACAAGUGAGCUUCUAGCACAGCAGUCGGUCGUCAAUCAUGGCCAGAAAGGACACAGCGAUGGCUUCGAGACAGAUAGCAACAAUCUUAUCUACGUUGGUAACGGUGAGCUCAAUGCCAUCAACGUCUUCAACCCUGCCAACGGAACUACGUCUCUCUUUGUACGGGACCCGAGGAUUAACUGGGUUGAUACAAUGUCUGUGGCCACUGACGGCUAUCUGUACUUCACGUCGAAUCAGCUCUUGGUCAACCACAAGACACGUCCAUUCGCCCUUUUCAAGGCACCUUUACCUGAUGGAGCCGCGAAGGUACCUUAUGUGUCAUGA